AUGAGAGCAAAGGGCGUAUACCCAUUUAGUUGAGUAUGUGAGCGUUUGGGAGAAAACCAAAAUAGAGCUGUGUGCGAGAUGCUCAUGUAGUGAUGACCAAAUUGAUUCAAAGAAAAAAAAUUUUGGUUUCAAAUGUUAUCAUGUAUAUAGUGCUUAAUAUAUAUUACGAGUGAAUUAAUAUUGUACUCGAAAUCUACUAUGCAACUGACGACGGUUAUCAUAUCAGCCUGAGAUUUUGUAUGUUUCGAAACAUUUAUGAUUUCUCUGUAUGUGGACUGUGACAGUUAUUCAAAUCCAGGGAAAACCAUGUUGAGGCGAAAUGUACUUGCUAGUUCAAAUGUCAGGCAAAAAAACGCAUAACAGAAUCUUGACCAUCUAUAUUCGUAAAAAACCUCUGACAGAAUUUGCAGGAAAGCAAAAUUUCUGUUUGUCAUCGUAAUUAGCAGAAAUUUAUGAAAUUUUCAUAAAGUAGUUCUAAAAAAUAUAAUUACAAAAUAGCGGUAUCGUUUUAUUUGUUCUGCAUUCAUAUUUUUGCUUCUGCAUUGUUGCAUAUUACAGAAGUGCAUUUUAUUUGGUAAAGUUCAGUUACAAUCAAGUGAUAACAGGCCAAGAAUAAAAGAUAGUCGUUUAAUAAAUCUUGUUUCGCCGUUACUAUGUUAGUUAACUAAAAAACAAAUUGUUGAAUGUAAAUAUUUUUUGGCGUGGUGAUCGAACGUUUGCCUUGGUUUAUCAAAUACACGUAAAUAGAGCGGAAGGUGAUGAUGUCAUUUUCAUAUACAUACAUACCUACACGAAUAAAGUGUAUUAUGCUCUUUUUAUACUAACACAAAACUCGAUUGACGGUGCGGUGUCAGCGAAAUGGCAGAAACAGAAACAAUUGUUCAUAGCAAUGGUAUUGAAACGAUUGCAGAAGAAGAUGAAUGCAACAAGACCCGUCCAGCUGAUAUUGAAGCGGAUAUGCGUGAAAUGGAACGCCGCAAACGUGUUGAGGCUAUCAUGAACUCUCGUUUAUUUCGUGAAGAACUGGAACGUAUUGUAGAUGGCCAAAUGCGUGAGGGUGGAUCUUCCAAUAUUCUACAACAACUUUCAGAUAUUAUGGGAAUGCCAGCAGCUCGAAUUGGUAGUGUUUUCAAAAGCUCCAAUUGUGUCGUUCCUAUCAAUGACAUUCGUGGAGUUGAAGCGAUGGGAUAUGAAAAAGGAGAAAAAAUUCUUCGUUGCAAACUGGCUGCUACAUUCCGACUGAUAGACUUGUAUGGCUGGACUCAAGGAAUAGACAGUCAUAUAACAGCUCGUUUAAAUGCCGAUCAAGAGUUAUUCUUGGUUAAUCCCUUUGGCGUCUUGAAUCAUGAAAUUACUGCAUCUUCAUUGAAUAAAGUAAACAUGCAAGGGCUGGUGACUGAACAAGGAACAACAAAUUUUGGCGUCAAUACUAGUCAAUUCACGUUGCAUUCCGUAAUCCAUGCCGCAAGGCCUGACAUAAGAUGUGCAAUAUACGUUGGUUGUAACUCAGUCGUAGCUAUAUCAGCCCUCAAACAGGGAUUGCUACCUCUCACAAAGGACAGCGCUUUGCUUGGCGAAAUAUCGACUCACACAUAUACAGGAGCUUUGUAUGAGCCAGAAGAAAAGGAUAAACUGUUGAGAAGUCUGGGACCAGUGUCCAAAGUGUUAUUACUCUCAAAUCACGGAGCAAUCUGUUGUGGAGAAACUGUAGAGGAGGCAUUUUUUGAAGUAUCGCAUAUAGUAGCUGCUUGUGAGGCACAAUUGAAAUUACUGCCAGUAGGCUUGGACAACCUAAUUAUAAUUCCGGAAGAAACUCGUAAGGCACUGUACGACGCUUCUCGUAAGCCGCCAGGACUUUUAUUGAAUGUUGUUUCCUCGGAUAACAAGGAACGCUUACAAGUGCCCAAAUGGAGAGUAGGCGGCGCAGAGUUUGAAGCUUUGAUGCGCAUGUUGGACAACGCUGGUUUCAGAACCGGUUAUAUUUACAGAAACCCGUUAGUCAAAAACGAUCUUCCAAAACCGAAAAAUGAUGUUGAAGUGCCCCCAGCGGUGUCUUCAUUGGGUUAUUUAAUCGAAGAAGAAGAGUUAUUCAAACAAGGUAUUUGGAAGAAGGGUGAAUUCCGCAAAGGAGGAGAUCGUUCUAGAUGGUUGAAUUCCCCUAAUGUAUACCAGAAGGUGGAAGUAUUGGAAACGGGCACUCCGGAUCCCAAGAAAAUUACAAAGUGGAUUGAUGCAAACAUAGAAGAGUGGGUAGCAGAAGCCUCCCCAACUCAUUCAUCAACGCCGGUAAAAAUUGAUUCUGCCUUACAGUUCGUUCCUCCAAACACGAAUCCGAAAGAAUUUAAGCGAAUUCAACAACAGAUUAAAGACUAUCGACGAGCUGAUAAAAUAUCGGCAGGACCCCAAUCACACAUUUUGGAGGGUGUCUCUUGGGAUGAAGCGAAUCGUCUUAAGGAUGCUAAUGUUUCUGCCACUGGCGAUCAUGUCGUUCUAAUGGGAGCAGCUUCUAAGGGCAUUAUUCAGCGCGGAUAUCAACAUAAUGCAACUGUUUACAAAGCGCCCUACGCCAAGAAUCCAUUCGAUUCUGUUACGGACGAUGAACUCAACGAAUAUAAGAAAACAGUCGAAAAAAGGCGACAAGGAGAUUACACAGAUACAGACCUCUCUGAAUCAGAAGCUUUGAGUUCUCUACAAAUUUCGGACUCAAAAGCGAAAAGUCAGGGGCCACCAAAUAAGUCCCACACAGAAGACACUGCUACCGAGCAUCAGGUGCUCAGAAUAGAAACAAAGCAAGUUCCCAAGCCUAGUCAACCAGAGGUUGUGCUUAGCGAUGGUGAACAUGUGCAGAACGGAGAUCAUUCAGAUACUCAUAUGAGUACGUUUUCACAUAGCAGCAAAGAGGAUGUAUCUACCGAAGGGUCUCCCAAGAAAGAUAAAAAGAAGAAGAAAGGCUUGAGGACUCCAUCAUUUUUGAAAAAGAAGAAGGACAAGAAGCGGAUCGAGGCCUAGAUAACUUUGGAUAGCUGUUCUCACUGACGAUUUUGUAAGAAUUUAAUUAAAAGAUACCUUUUUUUCUUCUACUAUACGAACGAAAAAGUGAAUACAUAAUAGAAAAAAAUCCCCCAGAACGAAUGUAUAUGAGAUGAUAAGAACAAAUAUUCCUAUUAAUAAUGACUAUCACUCAGAAAGGCACAGGCACAAUAUAGCAAUUGCUGCAGCAGUUUUAAUAAUGUGUGAAAUGGUCAGAUAAAAUGCACCCUGUAGUUAUAGUUGAGUUCAGUAAUAAGUUUGUCUUCUUGCAAACCCAUACUAGGUUUCCUCAAGAGUUGUUUCAUGCUGCUGAUUGCUAGCACGUGAAGCUAACUGUGUUUUAGGUUGUAUAAGAUGAAGUUUACUGAAAAUAAUUGUCGAAACUAUGUUUUUAACACUGAUAGUGAUGGAAGAGUGCUGCAAUUGGAAUGGUGUUUCCGUUAAUUUUACUUUGUGCUUUCAGGAUAUAAAACAUCGCAUGUACCAUAACAACUACGAUGCAUGGCCAAACCUAAGAGAAGAGUGGCCAAGUGGCUUCUUUCUCUUCUUCUUUGCUAUGAAACAUAUCCCCGGUUGAAUAUUAUUUUCGUCUGCCUUACGCAAAAUCCAGUGCAACCAGAACAAUUUAUUUAUUCGAUAUUUUUAUUUAACAAAAACACAACAAAGAAAAUUGGAUUACAAACAACAUAUAAAACAAAACAACAAAACUUCGUCCAUAUUUAUAUCAUCAUACUACCACUGCCAGACUUUUUUUUUUGUUUUUCUGACUUCUCCGGACUUUUUAUAGAGAGCAGAAUGAAAAAUAUUUGGCGAAACACUUAAUUCCUGUUGCAAAAUCAAGGGGAAAAUUGCUUGUUUUCAAGAAAAGCUUGAUUUCACUUUACCACGAACAACUAAAUAAACAACAUAAUAAUAAAAAGAAUUACCUUCACUGCAUUUUUGACUAUUGCGUGAGAUUUUAAAAUUUGGAAUAUCUUUUUCAGAUUUUUCGCAUAUUUUUAGCCACUGUCGAUAAGGUUCUGCAUUCUUGGGAAAUCGAUAAAAUUUUACGACCAAACUCUUGGCACUUCAUUCAAAUUCUUAUUUGCUUUUUUUGUCGCAACGAAAACAAAAUUGUGUCCACAAUAUUUCACUUUUACUUACUCAAUGAUUGGGUCGAACACACGGGGAUGGCACCGCUGUCAGCUACCACACAUUUGACGCGUUACCAACAUCACUGGCACUGGCACCCGAAAAAUGGUCAGUUUACCCUCAUCUUAUGUUGAUUCGGGCAAACCGACCAAAUGUUGACUGCAGUUAUUGACAGCUUAUCGGAUAAUUUUGAGCAGUUUCUCAAGAUUUUUGUAUGUAAUUUGAUAUUCUAAGUGAUAUUUUGUACAAUAAUUGUGCCCCAAAACAUAUAGAAGCAAAUUGUGACGGCAUAAAACGAAGUUUUGUGAUGAACGGUACAGAAAUAGAUGUUCGAUACGCUUGAAGGCUACCAUACCAAUCCCUUGGUCGAACACCAGCUUUUUUGCAACACGGCAAGCUGAACCCCUUUUGAAUAUUGUCACACACGCGUGCUGUCAAAAUCAACCAAUCACGUUUGGAGCAAAAAACCUGGAGCAAACCGAGUUAUCAUCUUGGCCACUCUUCUCUUAGGGCCAAACGAACAUGCACUUUGAAACGUUACAAUUGUCUUUUUCAUCGCCUUUAGUAUUACAUAAUUUUCAUGAGAAGUGACUUGCAAUAACAAUAGCUCCCGAGCCGCACUUGAGUCGUGAAAAAAUCGCUUGUUACCAUUGCUUCUGACUUUUGUUGCACUACAUGAUGUGUAUUCGGGCAACGUACAUGUCCGGUGACCAGUGUUCAUAAAAUUUUAAAGAAAAUUGAUAUUGAUAUCAUUAAGUUCACCAAACAGUAUACCUGUGCAUGAGAAUGAAUAGCCUGCUACUCAAAAGGUAUAUGUAGCUGGUCGUUCAUAGCACCAGGACCUCAAUGAGCUCAUAGCUAUUUCGUUAUAUAAAAAUUAUAGAUUCCGCGUUGGAAUAACUGCAGUUAAACCUGUAUUGUGAAUACAAAAAUUGGUAAACUCAUGCAUUGGAAUGUUUACGGUAAUUUUCGGUAGUUUACACCUUGUAACGCGUAAUAACUAUGAGCUUAUUUACUUUCAAAGGUAGAAUUUCGCAAGAGAAACGGUUGUUAGAAUUGUAGUGAUAAUGCCAGCAUUUCAUCGAAAAAAUGCUAACUCCGCUAUUUCGAUUGUAAGCUUCAAGAUGUGUUUUAGUAACAAAAAAAAAAUGACUUGAUCCGUUAAAUAAAAAUAUGUUUGAUGAACA